AUGAUAGAAUCAGAAUACGAUAAAGCAUCAAAGGAAACUAAUAAAUUUGAAAAAAUAUAUUCUAGUGAUGAAGAUGUAGAAAAAUAUAAUAUGAUAUCAUUAAGAGACUUUAAUAUAUGUUACAAAAAUAAACUAGAAAAAUUAAAUACAAUUAAAAAUAUUGAUAACAAUAAGAAAAUACUAAAAUUAGUUUUAGAAGAUGUUAAUCUUGAUCCUAAAGAAGUUAUGGAAAAGGUUGUUAAGUUGUUAAAAAAUAAAACAUCGUUAUAUACUAUUAUUGAAAUAAAUAAUCAAAAAUACAAGCUAAAAUAUACUGAAGUAGAACCAGAUGAUAAUAUUUUAUUUACUGAAAACGUUCAUAAUAUUGCCAAUUGUAAAUAUGCAUAUAUAGGAAUUUUAAAAAUUUCAAAAUAUUUAGAAAAUAGCACAUUUCAAGAAUCAUUUCUCCAAUCAUGGCAAAAUAUCCCAAUGGAUUUUUGA